AUGUCUACAAAUAAUGAACCAGACGAAUUACCUCCAGUGCCUUGUCCACUAGGUAACAAUACUACACCAUUGUCCGCUGGCAAAUUAAGAAUACAAAUACUCAGUUGCUUCCUCAACGUCAAGGUCAAGAGACCCUAUGUGAUAACAACCCUAGGAGACGAAAAAUAUCAGACCUCAGUAUCAGAAUUCAAAGAAGGACGCUGGAACGAAUGCUUUGAAUUUACAGUGACAUUUCAUGCACAAUUAUUCGGCACAAUUCAAUUAGAUCUAUACGACAACUAUACCAUCUAUCCAGACAAGCACGUGGGUCGUGCAGAGAUCCGUCUCAGUACGCUUGAAAGUAUGCCAGAAACAUUCAUGAGUUACUACGAAAUCUGGGACAAAAAGCUAUCUACGGGAGCAAGCUCCAGCAUUGGCAGAGAACGAGCGGCAGUGAAUAAUGUGGGCGCAUUGCAAGCCAAGAUCUCGUAUCGCUAUUUACGAUCCAGCAAUGUAGUUGAUCAAGGCCAAAAUUUGGGGCAGAUAAAAGAAGUGCGGGAGGCUCCUCCUGGGUCCACAGAUUUGUUGACAGAAGAACAAUUAGCUGCUGAAUUCAAGCGCCAUUUGCAGUUCCAGCGUGAGAGGAAAAAAACCAACAAAGGAGGCAUCAAUUUCAAGAAAUUUGAAGAGCAGGAUAGUGUGGCGAAUCAAGAGGGAUUGGAUUACCCUGAUGAGAGUGAUUACAGUGAUUAUGGGGGACAAGUGCAUCAUUCGGAUGGAUCAGACAGCGAUGAAGAAGAGGGAUCGUUGAUGCAACCACUGAGGAUGAGCAAGAGACGAGCCGACACUGCGUCCUAUGGCAGAAUAUCCAAUGCGAACGACAAUGAAGAGGAUGAAUUUGGAGAGAUGGUAGCUGCGCCAGAGCCAAAUACGGUGCGACGAUCGACAUCUUGGCUCAAUUUGUCCACCAGCGUAGCUGACACCAAUGCCAAACCGAAGAGUAGAAAAGUAGUAGCCAAAUCAAGUGCCUCAAUCAAGACCAUUCCAAGUGCCAACGAGAGUAAACAGUCCAAAGGAUCCUGGAUGGGAGCAACAGACACAAGCCAAGUGAUUCGCACCAUUGGAAAGCUGCUUGCUACUUUUGGCCAAGGAUUUGAAUUGACCAAUAUGCAGGUGUUGACAGGAUUUACAGUGCUUGAAAAGUUUUACUCGGACCUUCCAAGAAACAGAUCAUGGGAUAUAGUCGAAAAUUUGUCUGAUGUGGAUAUGGGUGCUCGAUUUUGGAAGUUUUCAAUUGCGUCUUAUGGAUGGAAGGGCCUUAAUUUCAUUGGCAAGGGAAACGGUAUCUUUUCUGAUGCGAUGCGAGAACAUUCUGAUGCCAAAUCCAUCAUUGAAUACCUAACCAUACCUAAAGAGGAUCUCCUGGCCUACGAGUUUCGAUCAGCAGAGGCAUUUCGACCGAGUUAUUUUAUCGCAAGAGAUAGGUUUACAAAUUCGAUUGUGCUGUCUAUUCGAGGCACGAUGAGCAUCAUGGAUACCCUCACUGAUCUAGUGUGUGAAUAUGAGCCCUGGAAAGGUGGAUUCAUUCAUAGCGGCAUGAAAAAUUCGGCCAUGUGGUUUUUCCGUCAUGUUGCUCCUCAACUGAUCGCAUACAGCAACGAACAUUCAACAACAGGGCUCAUAAUUGUUGGCCAUAGCUUAGGUGCAUCUACAGCUGCUAUUCUGACUAUCAUUCUCACCGAUUACAUGGAGGAAUUCCGUCAAGGAAAGGAGGAGUUCACAUUGCAGUGCUAUGGCUAUGCUCCAGCGUGUGGUCUCAGCCUGGAUCUAGCAGAGAAAUACAAGGACAUUAUUCAAUCAUUCGUUUUUGCAGACGAUAUAGUCAGUAAACUCAGUUAUGGAUCCAUGAUGGAUGUUAAAGAGCUCAUCAUUGCAAGCUCUGAGGCGGUGCGAAAUAUGGGCGUAGGUGAAAUCCUGUGGUCAGGAGGUGCUGGAGACGAAAAGUGGAGAGUAGCGUUCAAACAGAUUGCAGAGGUACGCAAACGAUGUUUAGAUUCACUAGAGAAUCCUCGACUGUACGUAGCGGGACAGAUCUAUCAAUUUUGGCUGGAUCCAACACCGAGCAAUGAUACUCGUAUAGUGAUAGAAAAGACAACAGCAACCAAAGUGUGCAAUGAAGUUGUAGUCAAGAAAUCUAUCAUGCUGGAUCAUUUACCGACUAAUUUUGAUGUAGCAUUCAGACGAGCGAGAGAGACAUUGAUGAUGGAAGGAAGUUCUAUUGUUCCACCCGAGAAGAAGUCCUCAGCGGAUGGUGUGCUGGAUCCUGUGCCAUCAGAAGGAAAGGAGCAUAUUGGAUUAAACAAAGACGUGCAACAAGUGCACAAGGAUGAUGACGGUAACGAGCACACUAAACCACUUGCUACGAAUGAAAAUGAUCAUCCCAUCUGGGGAUCUAUAGCCAAACUAGGACUCCAAGGAACGACAGACAGAACGGGUGGGGAAGGAAAGGUUUUGAGCGAUGAAACCAGAUGA